AUGAGUAUAUUUACAAAAGUCAGAAAUUCUUUAUUUGGUGCAAGCCAACCAAGAAAUCCUCAUUCGCUUGAAAAUCUAAAGUAUUUAUAUGGUGUCUUGCAACGAAAUGCAACUAUAUCUGAUGCUAAUCGUGAUUUACUGACUGAAACACUUCGAAGUAUUUCGGAAAUUCUUAUAUGGGGUGAUCAACAUGAUAGUUCUGUAUUUGAUUAUUAUCUUGAACAAGGAUUGUUAGCUUAUUUUCUUGAUUAUAUGCGUCAAAAAAAUGGACGUUUUAUAUGUAUACAAAUUUUACAAACACUUAAUAUACUUUUUGAAAAUAUUCGUAAUGAAACAUCAUUAUAUUACUUACUAUCAAACAAUUAUGUAAAUAAUAUUAUUUUACAUAAAUUUGAUUUUAGUGAUGAAGAAAUAACUGCAUAUUAUAUAUCAUUUCUUAAAACACUUUCAUUAAAAUUAAAUAAACAUUCAAUUAAUUUCUUUUAUAAUGAAAGAAAUAAUGAAUUUCCAUUAUAUGUUGAAGCAAUUAAAUUUUUUAAUCAUCCAGAAACAAUGGUUCGUAUUGCUGUACGAACAUUAACACUUAAUGUUUAUAAAGUACCUGAUCAAACUAUGCAUCGUUUUAUAUUGGAUUGUACAGCAACAGAAUAUUUUUCUAAUUUUGUUUGGUUUAUUCGAAAUCAUGUUUUAGAUUUCGAUAAUUUAAUAAGAAAUAAUCGAGAUAUUAAUAAUCGGGGUCAAUUAAUCAGUAGUUUAGAAGAAUAUUUGGAUCAUAUACAUUAUCUUCAAGAUAUUUUUUUACUUAAUGUUGAUAGUCUUAAUAAUGUUCUUAAAGAUCAAUUAAUGAAUCGAUUAUUGAUACCAGUUUAUAUAUUUUCAUUAAUUAAACGUGAUAAAUUUUCCCGAGUUAAAGAUCCACGAAUAAUGCUUGAUCAAUUAUCGAUACUCUUUCUUGUUGCCGAAGUCUUUCUUGUUAUUCACUUUCGACCUGUGGUUGAAGAAUUAGCUGAUAUUAUACUUUCAGCAGAUAUUGAAACAGUCGAAGCUAUUCAACAUCGUUACGGCGAACAAAUUUCAUAUAGUUUACCACCAACAGCUCUUGAAGUAUGCUUAGCUAAAUAUGAACUAAAUGAAGAAGGUGAUGAUAAUGCAAAUGAUUCAGAAGUUUCAUUAAAAGUCGUAGAUAUAAAUGAUGAAGAUGAACGACGUCAAUAUGAAGGUGAACGUACACGACUACGAUCUGCAUCAUCAGCUAAUCGUCAAACUAUUGAAUCAAAUAUAAAACCAAAAUCAUUAUAUGUAUCAAAUUGGACUGAUGAUGAAAAAUGUCGACGUAGUAAAAAUCCAAUGCGUUUGAGUGAUAGUCAAAUAGCUAAUAGACCGUAUUUUGAAACAUUAAUUAAAGUACUUGAAUGUAAUGAAAAUGAUCAAUUAUGUUUCUAUGCUUUAAGUGUACUAUUAACUAUGACAACAAAUCCAUGUAUUGAUAGUGUUAUACUUGAAUCCGUUGGUUUAACAGUAAAAUCAUCGGAUAAAAGUUUUUAUAAUGUAUUAUUAGUUGAUAAACUUUGUGAUAUUCUUCAAUCAGCAACAAUACGAGAUUCAAAUAUUCGUAUUGUAACAUUAAGUUUAGCAAUAUCAUUAUUAAAAAAACUUGUUUAUAAUGAAGAAAAUAAAAUAUCUUAUUUAUCUAAUCAUAAUAUGUUACGAAUUGAUCAAGCACGUAAACAAGCAACAGAAGAUUUAAGACAAUAUUAUCCACAACAAGAACUUUUACUUGAUAUGUUUGAAGAUGAAUAUCGACAAACACAAUUAAAUCCAAUGCGUAUUGAAUAUUUACUUAAAGAUUCAUGUAUGUUAUUUCAACCAACAACAACACCAUUGAGUGGAGUUGAAUUUAUAAAACGUUUGCCAUCGGGUGAUAUUGAAAGAGCUCGACGAUCAAUACGUGUAUUUUUUCUUAUACGAGCAUUAUUUCUUGAAUUGAAUUCAACAAUCGAAACAGAAUUACCAUUAACAAAACCAGAAAAUUUAUUCAAACCAAAUGAUAAACUCGAUUUAAAUAAUAGUGAUUUAAUUGCUUGUACUGUUCAUAUGAUAGAAAGAAAAGAUCGUCGAUUUCUUGUCAUUGAUCAAAUGCAAUUUAUUCUUAUUGAACCUGAUAUCAAAAGAGUUGGUUGGGGUAUCGUCAAAUUUUGUGAUCUAAUGCAAGAUGUUGAAGUUGCAAAUGAUAAAGAAGAUAGUCGUUCUUUGCAUAUAACAAUUCAUAAACCAGUCAAUAAUAUUUAUGUUAAAACAAGUCCACCAAUUCUUAAUGCAAAAUUUACAUUUGAUGAUCAUAUUCGUUGUAUGACAGCUAAACAAAAUUUAAUCAAAGGUCGUCAAAGGUAUUAA